UUUGUUAUAAAUAGUUGGCGCUUUGGGACGAAAGUUUUUGUAACAUUUUGGGUCUCAUCUGGAAUUGUUCAGCCUUCCGACCGCGGCUUUAAUUAAUAUUUAACCAUAGCUCCUACAACAGAAAUAAGUAAAAAACGCAAAAUGUCCAAACCUGCCUACAAAGUUGCUGACAUCAAAUUGGCCGAAUGGGGACGCAAGGCUAUUAUUAUUGCCGAAAAUGAAAUGCCCGGUCUUAUGGCUUGCCGCAAGAAGUACGGUCCUUCCAAGAUCUUAAAAGGUGCCCGUAUUGCUGGUUGUUUACACAUGACUGUUCAAACAGCUGUACUCAUUGAAACUUUGGUUGAAUUGGGCGCUGAGGUUCAAUGGUCUAGCUGCAACAUUUUCAGUACUCAAGAUCAUGCUGCUGCUGCUAUUGCCGCUACCGGUGUUCCCGUUUAUGCCUGGAAGGGUGAAACCGAGGAGGAAUAUCAAUGGUGCAUUGAACAAACAUUAGUCUUUCCCGAUGGACAACCUUUGAAUAUGAUUUUGGAUGAUGGUGGUGAUUUGACCAACUUGAUCCAUGAAAAAUAUCCUCAAUAUUUGCAAGGCAUUAAGGGUUUGUCUGAGGAAACCACCACCGGUGUACACAAUCUGUACAAAAUGUUCAAAGAGGGACGUUUGGGAGUACCAGCUAUCAAUGUUAAUGACUCUGUCACUAAGAGCAAAUUCGACAACUUGUACGGUUGCCGCGAAUCCUUGAUUGAUGGUAUUAAGCGUGCCACCGAUGUUAUGAUUGCUGGUAAAGUUUGUGUUGUUGCCGGUUAUGGUGAUGUUGGCAAGGGUUGUGCUCAAGCCUUGAAGGGUUUUGGUGGUCGUGUCAUUAUCACUGAAAUUGAUCCCAUCAAUGCUUUGCAAGCUGCCAUGGAAGGCUAUGAAGUUACCACUAUGGAGGAAGCCAGCAAAGAAGCUACUAUUUUCGUUACCACCACUGGUUGCGUUGACAUUAUUACCGGUGAACACUUCUCCAAAAUGAAUGAUGACUCUAUUGUUUGUAACAUUGGUCAUUUCGAUUGUGAAAUCGAUGUUGCCUGGUUGAAUGCCAAUGCUGUUGAAAAGGUCAAUGUUAAGCCUCAAGUAGAUCGUUAUACUUUACCAAAUGGUCGCCAUAUUAUUGUUUUGGCUGAAGGUCGUUUGGUCAAUUUGGGCUGUGCCCAUGGUCAUCCCAGUUUUGUUAUGUCCAACUCCUUCACCAAUCAAGUUUUGGCCCAAAUUGAAUUAUGGACUAAGUCUGAGAAAUAUGCUAUUGGCGUUCAUGUAUUGCCCAAGAUCUUGGAUGAAGAAGUUGCCAGUUUACAUUUGGAAAAAUUGGGUGUGAAGUUGACAAAAUUGACACCUAAACAAUCUGAAUAUUUGGGUGUACCUAUUAGCGGUCCAUUCAAGCCCGACCAUUACAGAUAUUAAGAUUUUUUAAUAUACCCAUUGUAUUUUAAGUUUAUGAUCUACUUAGAGAUUUUGUUUUUAGUAAAAAAACCGUUGCAAAUUUUUUUGUUUCUAAUAAAAGAUUAAUUUGACAUCUGAAAAA